CCUCAGCCUCCCAACCUGCUGGGAUUACAGACAGGCAUGCCCCACCAUGCCCGGCAACAUUAAUCCAUUCUUGAGGGUGACACCACGUGAACUAAUCACUUUUAAAGGUCCCUCCACCUCUCAAUACUAUUACAUUAGCAAUUAAAUUUCAACGUGAGUUUUGGAGGGGACAAACCACAUUCAAAGCCUAGCACCCUGUGACGUCAGAGGGGAUCUUCUGACGUGUUCCAAAACAGCAAGAUAGGGGGCGGUGUUAAAUAAAACAAAGGUUUACUCUCUUCCUGUAAGCGGCCUCAGGUGAUCUGUGAAAAUGGUCCGAUACUCUCUUGACCCAGAAAACCCCACAAAGUCAUGCAAAUCAAGAGGUUCAAAUCUUCGCGUUCACUUUAAGAACACCUGUGAAACUGCGCAGGCCAUCAAGGGUAUGCAUAUCCGAAAAGCUACCAAGUACCUGAAGGAUGUCACUUUAAAGAAGCAAUGUGUGCCAUUCCGGCGUUACAAUGGUGGAGUUGGUAGGUGUGCCCAGGCCAAACAGUGGGGCUGGACACAGGGACAGUGGGGCUGGACACAGGGACGGUGGCCCAAAAGGAGUGCUGAAUUUUUGCUGCAUAUGCUUAAAAAUGCAGAGAGUAAUGCUGAACUUAAGGGUUUAGACGUAGAUUCUCUGGUCAUUGAACAUAUCCAGGUGAACAAAGCACCCAAGAUGCGCCGCCUUACUUACAGAGCUCAUGGUGGGAUUAACCCAUACAUGAGUUCCCCCUGCCACACUGAGAUGAUCCUCACUGAAAAGGAACAGAUUGUUCCUAAACCAGAAGAGGAGGUUGCACAGAAGAAAAAAAUAUCCCAGAAGAAACUAAAGAAACAAAAACUUAUGGCACGGGAAUAAAUUCAGCAUAAAAU